AUGGCUGAUAACGUCGGAUUAGUGUUUGCGGUCGAUUACUUUCUUGCGAAAGAGGACAUAGACGAUGAUGACGAUGAUAUUGUCCCAUAUUUUUUUGUUUACUUUAUCAGAAGAGAGCGUGUCCCAUCUAUAAGAAUAUUCUACGAAGAAGUGUUACCAGAUUUCUCUUCUCUUGACUGUAGUAAACAUUUUAGACUAACAAGGCAAACCUUCACACGCUUAUUCCAAGAGACAGAACCAAAUCUAGCCAAGGAUAUUCGGACACAGGGCAAACAAUCCAUAUUGACGGAGAAACGUGCCGUGGUAGGACUGUGGUAUUUAUUUCGGGAUCGAGUUAUAUCUUGGCCAGGUCCCAAGCGUCAGCAAGAAAUUUCUGAUCACUUUGAGGCCGAAUGUAAAAUACCAGGAAUCAUAGGGAUAAUUGAUGGCAGUCACAUUACUCUUACAAACAUUCCCAAUGGAGAUCAAGUCUACAUCAACAGGAAAGGGUAUCCCUCACUCCAGUUGCAAGUUAUUGUAGACCAUAUGUUACUUAUUACAGAUAGCUUUGUUGGAUGGCCAGGGUGUACCCACGAUGCCCGAGUUUUCAGAAAUUCGUAUAUCAUUAAUGAGUUGGAAAAUGGAAUUUUAAAUCCACACUUUUUCAUAAUUGGAGAUUCUGCCUACCCACUGAAGCCUUACCUGAUGACCCCUUUCCGUGAUAAUGGAAGGUUAACUGCCCCCCAGAGACAUUAUAAUAGAAAGUUAUCAACAUCACGUCAAUGUUGA